AUGGAGAAGGAUGACUCCCUACAGUUGGUGAUGCCUGCGUCAGUGAAAGCCAUCAUCUCGAGGAUUGAGGCUGCCCAGCUGACUCGGGCUCAGGAGGAUAUUUCUAACCAGCUCUCAGACAUCUUGAACAAUGUCAAUUGUGUCGUCAACCACUUCCAAGAGGAACUAGGACAUGAUUUAAAAGAAAAGGCAAAAUCUUAUCAGACCGAGCAAAAGGGCAAGAACAGAUUCAUAUUGCUGGAGAAGAUUUCCUCCUUCUCCAAAGAUGCUAAGACUAAAGAGAAGUACCUGUAUGAGAUUCUCCGCUGGCUGAGUGACUGGGGUGACAGUCUGACCUAUGAGAUCAGGAGAAGGAAGAGUGAGAAGGAAGAGGAAGCCCUGGACGAGUGGAUCGAGGUGAUGGAGAAAGUACUGCCUCUCUCCCUCAUUGCCAACAAAGGAGGCAUCGAGACUCUCAUUUCCCUUUGCUCAACUCUUAUUGAAGAACAAAAGAAAAAGACGCAAAUGUCCAAACGCACCUUCUGGCAGGGCUGGCGGGAAAAGAGCCCACAAAAGUCUCUGAUUGAACCUCAGGCACUGAGCCCAGAGCAGAUGCUCCAGGACAAGCAAACCACCUGCAUGAGGGUCUCUGAGGUGAAGUCCAUGCUUCAGGAGCUCCUAGACUCCACCAUGUUCAACAAGGGGGAGGUCAGGGCCAUCAGGUACAUGUCUGCUAUGGUGGAGAACCUCAACAAGGCCUUCAUACUUCAGCAUAAGGAGAACAGGACUCUGGAAACCAAAUACAGGUACAUGAAAAUAGAGAUGACCAAAGAGCUCAGCAGUCAGAGGCUGUACUUCCAGAAGUCCCUCAAAAUCCUCGAGAACAAGAGGGAUGCCCUCCUGAAACAGGUAGAAAUUUUAGGGGAAAAGUACCAUGACCUUCUCCUGAUUAAACAUGCUCUAGAAUUCCAGGUGAAGCAGGCUCAGAGUGCUAAAGGUCAAGCAGAAGAUUCAGUCAAGACUUUUGUUGACUCCCCAGGCCUCUCUGAGAAAGAUACCCUUCCAAGUAAAGCAAUAGUCAUGGAGAUCCCAACAAGAGUCUUGGCCUCUCAACAGGAGCCCAAGAAAGAGGAGCAAUUGUUUUUACCACAUUCUCCAGAUCCCAUGGUUACAGCCUGGGACAGUGAUGAGACACGUUCAGUUUAUCAGCCACUUUACACCAUGGCCGCACAUUCAAGGAUUGCAGAUGUAUACUGCAACAAGGACCCUGAAAGCUUUCCACCUGCAUUGCCACCCUCAGUGGAUUAUAAAUUUCUUAAGACAACAGAAAGACUUGUGGCAGAUAGCCCAGAUCACCAAGAUGAAGACCAGGAGGACCUCAGCAAGGAAGAAGCAGAGGAGAAGGGAGAACUCCGAGUUCAGUUCCAUUUUAGGAAGCAGCAGUCCUCAGAGAGUGAGGGGGGGCACUGGGAGGAGGAGGAACUCAACUGGCAGAGGCGGAAGCAGCAGUGGAUGGAUGAGGAGAAGAGGUGGAGGCAGCAGCAGCAGAAGUGGGCCCUGCUAGAGCAGGAGCACCAGGAGAAGCUGCGGCAGUGGGAGGUGGAGGAAGUGAUCAGGGAGCAGCAGCAGAGAAUUGUCCAGCCAGAAAAGGAGAAAGAGAGCUCCAGAAGGGAGCCAGAGCAACCAGGGGAGGACACAGAGAGGAUGCUCUUCAUGCCCACCAGUCGACGGAGGGAAUUGGAGAAGGCAGAGUCAUCAUUGGUAUCUUUGCCAACUCGAGUCCAGUCUGCUUGCCAAAGCAGGAGAUCAUACUUGCCCAGGUCCCCUAACAUCCAACACUCUGCCUCAGGAAAUCGGAGGACCAUGAGUUCACCAGAACCUGUCCUGAAACUAUGCUCACCCCGGGUUCCCACAAAGCCCAAGAAGUCCUCUUCCUUUCCUGUUACUGGGGCAUCCAUCCGAAAGGUGACCCGGCCCUCUUUGCAGACAUCCUUGGCAGCUCCUAAGGAGAAGGUGUACCGGAUGGCCAUGGAGGCUCACAGAAAGAACCUAGAAGUCCUGAGUGAGGAGACUGAGCUGGGGCUGCCCCACUAUCUUCGCAGCAAGGCCUUAGAGCUCACCACCACCACCAUGGAGCUGAGCUCACUCAGGUUGCAGUACCUGUGCCAUAAGUACAUCAUCUACAGAGGCUUCCAGAGACUCCGACAAGAUGUGAUCAACCACAUACAAGUCAUGCAAGCAACUGGGGCUACCUAUAAGGCUCAGAACCUCUAUGUCUUCCUGGAAAACAUUGACCACCUACAGAACCUCAGGCUACAGUCCUGGACGAACAAACAGAAGGACCUAGCAGAGAAGCGCCGAGAGUGUCUGAGCAGCAUGGUGGCCAUGUUCCCCAAGUUCCAGCUGGAAUGGAACACUCGCUUGAACAUCCCUGUGGUAACUUCCCCAAAGCCAAGGAAAAGCAAUCCAUCCCCAGCCUUCUCCCGGCGCAUCCGCUCCAGCAGCUCCUCCAACAAGUUUCUGGAGCACUUUACGUCCAAGCAGCAUGAAUGUGUUCCCCUGAGGAUGGCCCGCCAACAGGGAAGUCAAAUGGAGGCUGUCUGGAAGACUGAUGUGGCCUCCUCCAGCCACCCAACAGAAAAGAAGACUCCCCUCAGUCUGCAGUGGGACCAGCUAGGGGGGUACCCAGAUAUUCCUCGGCUGUUGGCACUGGAAGUGCAUUCCUCCUACCACAAAAGUUUGAUGUCCCUUAAAACCCGGUGA